AUGGCCGCUCCUCCACAGUUACCGGCUCCACAGCAAGAACCAGCAGUCCCAAUCACGAACCAAGCCGCUGCCAUGAAUCUACAACUGCCAGCUAUCUCUGCCCAAACUGAUGAGAUCGCGGGAAGCGCCUCUUUCCUCCAGUCAAAUCCGGAUCCGCCCCUCGAAGCACCUCAUACAGAACAGAAUUCGGGUUCUGAUUCGACGAUGCAGAAUUCCAUUGUCUCUCCGAGUAUUGAUAUAGCGUCGUCUAUUGAAAUAGUCGGCAGGCCUAAGAAGAAGGAUUUGAGAACCUUUUUCUUCCCAAUCGCUAGUCAGGCCUUUCAUGAGCAAAUAGCGAUUGCAGCUAGAAAUGAUAAUAUCACCCGCGCAUCCGGAGAAGAAAGAAAGAAAGAGUUGGAAGCGCAAGCAACUCUGCUUGCCGAUGAAAGAAGAAAGGCACAAAAUCUUUAUCAUCAAAAGGCGGUCAGAGAUAGGAAAAAGAAAUCAGAGAUUGAGAUGAGUUUGCGCGAUGAUGUGACAGUAGAAUCAUCGAGGCAGGUCAAAAAGCAGAUGUUCAUCGAUGCCUCAAACCCGCCACCAGUUUUGAGCAAACGAGCCAACGGCCUGGAUAGUACUGCUGAUACAACAGUUGGCAAAAGGCGGAAGUAUAUGAAUUGGUUUAAUCCAAUUCUUUGGCCAGUUAUUCGUUAUGUUCGUAAUAGCACGUAUGAUCAUCAGUAA